GCACAUUCUUAGAAGAGAACCGAAAAGUGAAAACGCUCUCUCAGUCCAAUUUUCGAUUCCAAUACCAAAAAGGAGGAAGAUGAGAUUCCUCCAAAGCUUCGCAAAGGUCUGUUCUCAGAAUCUGAAGCGAGCUAAUUCGUUGGUAUAUUCUUCCUCCUCCGCCGCCACCGCCACCGCCACCACUUCAAGUGCCUUCUUCUCGCAGAUUCACUCUCACUCCGAACCGCCGUCCUUUGGCAUUGCGUUCGACAUCGACGGUGUACUUCUUCGGGGCGACACUCCCAUCGGUGGUUCUUCUCAUGCUCUUCAGAAAUUAUACGAUCAUUGCGGUACAUUGAAAAUUCCAUUCGUUUUCUUGACCAACGGAGGUGGAGUCCCCGAAUCUAAAAGAGCCUUGGAAUUGGGCAAACAAUUAGCUGUCAAUAUAUUACCUUCACAGGUUAUACAGGGGCAUUCCCCUUUUAAGCAGCUGGUAACAAGAUUCGAGAAUGAGCUUGUUGUGGCUGUGGGGAAAGGAGAACCUGCAGCAGUGAUGCUCGAAUAUGGCUUUAAAAAUGUGCUCUCGAUAGAUGAAUAUUCAUCUUGUUUCGAAAACAUUGAUCCCUUGGCGCAAUAUAAGAAGUGGACAACCAACCAGAUCAUGUAUCCGAAUGACACUUUCAACGAAAUGGCCCCUAGAAACAAUAUUUGCUCACAGAGAGUGCAGGCAGUUUUCAUCGUUAGUGAUUCUGUUGACUGGAGCAGAGAUAUUCAGGUUCUUUGCGACAUUCUAAGAAGCGGAGGUCUGCCUGGAGGGGAAAUUGCACACCAGCCACCUCUGUAUUUUGCAAAUGAUGACCUUGCAUAUCAGGUUAGGUUUGACACUAACGAUAAAGGCUACGUUGACAUUUAUUUUUCUAUUUUUUUGUAGAAUAGCUUCUUAUAAAACUUGAUAAUGUACUGAUGAAGUGCCAACGAAAGGUAGGCUAAGUUUCCAUCUGAACGUCUUGGCAUGGGCGCCUUCAGAAUUGCAUUAGAAUCAAUAUUCAACAGGUAAGUCACACAAAACAUGCUUGCUUAUACUAACUUAUGAUGUCUGGUCAAUGAAUGUUUUGAGUGUAACCCAAAUAUUUCAAAUAUCUUGGUGGGACUUCUUGCUUGCCUCCCUGAACCUUCAUGUAAAUCAUGUUUGUUAAGAAUAAUAGGGUAGUAUGUGUAAAUUGUUAAUAGUAAGAGGGCAUAUGUGUAAU